AUGCUCUAUGGUUUUCUGGUGGUGUUCGGCUAACUUGAGUUGUGAAGAUCGUCGUGAAUUUUAAGUUCGAAUUAUUCAUAAUUUUUGAAAAAUUAAACCUCCAAAAUGGCUCUUCACAUACCUAAGGCACCCGGUGUUCCACAAAUGUUAAAAGAGGGGGCGCGGAUGUUUUCUGGCUUAGAAGAAGCAGUCUACCGAAAUAUAAACGCAUGCAAACAGUUUGCACAAAGUGUCCGAUCGGCAUACGGCCCUAAUGGCAUGAAUAAGAUGAUUAUAAAUCACAUUGAUAAACAAUUUGUGACAAGUGAUGCAGGCACUAUAAUAAGAGAGCUGGAUGUUGAACAUCCUGCAGCUAAGCUUAUGGUCUUGGCUAGUCAGAUGCAAGAUGCAGAAGUUGGGGAUGGCACAAAUUUUGUAAUAGUGAUGUCUGGAGCCUUGCUUGAGGCAGCAGAUGAGCUUCUACGUCUUGGAGUUACUACAAGUGAAAUUGCUGAAGGAUAUGAAAGGGCACUUGAUAAGUGCCUCGAAAUACUCCCUGAACUAGUUUGUCAUGAAAUCAAAGAUUCUAAAAAUGUUGAUGCUGUUAUUACAGGUAUUAAACCAUCAAUAAUGUCCAAGCAGUAUGGAAAUGAAGAUUUUAUAGCCAGUCUUGUUGCUAGAGCAUCUGUAGCAAUCCUGCCUGAUAAAACCACAUUCAAUGUAGAUAAUGUCAGAAUAUGCAAAAUCCUUGGAGCCGGUUUACUACAAUCUGAAGUCCUUUCAGGCAUGGUUUUUAAGAGGGAAGUUGAAGGAGACAUUACAAAUGCGAUGAAAGCUAAAGUUGCUAUUUACUCUUGCCCAGUUGAUAUCACCCAAACAGAAACAAAAGGCACAGUGCUCAUAAAGUCAGCUGAUGAACUUCUGAACUUUAGCAAGGGUGAGGAAUCUCUCCUAGAAAAACAAAUAAAAGAAAUUUCGGACACUGGAGUAAAAGUGAUUGUUGCUGGAGCAAAGUUUGGUGAUAUGGCCCUGCAUUUCCUCAACAAGUAUGGUAUCAUGGCUGUUCGUCUUAAUUCCAAAUUUGAUCUUCGUCGUCUUGCUAAAACUGUUAAUGGUGUUGUUCUGCCAAGAUUAACUACUCCAACAACUCAAGAACUGGGAUACUGUGAUGCAGUCCGAGUUGAUGAGGUUGGAGGUACUAGGGUAGUUGUGUUUAACAUGGAGAGUAAUGAGUCUCGCAUCUCCACAAUUGUUAUCAGAGGUUCAACAGAAAACUACAUGGAUGACAUUGAGAGAGCCAUUGAUGAUGGUGUGAAUACAUUCAAAGGAAUUGCUAAGGAUGGAAGGUUUGUUGCUGGUGCUGGUGCAACUGAAAUUGAAUUGGCUCAAAAACUCCUGCAAUAUGCAGAUACACUGCCAGGCUUGGAACAGUAUGCUGUUCGUAAGUUUGCUGUAGCCCUUGAAAGCAUUCCACGAGCUUUAGCCGAGAACUCUGGAGCGAAUGCCACAGAAGUUGUCAACAAUAUCUACAAAGCACACAGGGAAAACAACAAGUAUGCUGGAUUUGAUAUUGAUUCAGAAAGCAACGGUGUUAUUGAUGUAAAAGAAAAGGGUAUUCUUGAUUUAUAUGUACUGAAGUACUGGGGCCUUAAGUAUGCGGUGGGUGCAGCAACUACUAUUUUAAAGGUUGAUCAAAUUAUUAUGGCUAAGAGAGCUGGUGGACCAAAAGCUAAAGCAAAGGCAAGCAGUGAUGAUGAAUCGUAAUAAAACUUAAACAGAGGGUCAAUUAUCAUAGAGUGACACCAAUAUGAUGAUUGGUGGUUUGCUGAAACUCGCACUGUUGGCUCUAAAUACAUACUGGAGUGAGGGUAUUAAUUCAGACAAUAUCAACAAUUGUGAUAACCACAAUAUCAUAAUCACAAAUUUUGCAAAUGACCCACUGAAUAAUUAACAUGAUAGAAGAUAUUUUAUUUUUAAAUGCAACACAUUAAUUUUUAACAAUUGCUAUUACUUGUUACUUGAGUGAAUGCUUGGUUAUAAUACAGCUAGAUAACUUUAUAAUAUUAAUAAUAUUAUAAUUUAUUCAGUUUCCACUUGCUUGUCUUUGUGGACACUAAGUAUUAUAUUAAAAUAUAAUUUACUUAAUUAA